AUGCGGGUUCUGGUCGUUCUCACCUUGGCUCUGCUGCCCUUAUCUCUAUUAAAAUCAACUUCCUGUAACAGCUACGAAUCCAGCUCAAAUGCCCAUGAGCAGCCAAAUGAUGGCACUGCUGACGGACUUACAGAAGAGGUGAUAAAAAAAAAGCGUGAAGAAUUGUUGACUCAUUUGCUUGAAGGUAUAGAGGAGGGGGCUAGGACAAAAACUGAAUUCUCGGACCCUCUGGAAGCCGUAAACUACGCGAAGGAACAGGAACUUCGAAGGGAGAAAGAGAGUCUUCGUUCGGGAAACAGACGAGUUCGACGCUCUGUUCCGAAAUUUAAGCCGCCAAGUCCCUACGCGAUAAUAAACGACUCCGAAGACGGGAAGAAGCCGGACAAUUUCUUGUUGGAGACGUUACCACAGAAUCUCCUGGAGGUCAAACAAGGCACUUACAUUCACUUUAGAAUCUGUCCCAAGCCAGUCGUCCCGGAAGAGGUAUGA